AUGGCAACCACGAUUCGCCUGCAAGAGAAUGCUGUUCCUUCCUCAAGUCCUGCCUUUGGAACACCUGUCCAUCCCAUCCACCCCCGAGACAAACGACCUCCGAUUCCUCCGCCAGCAUUCAAACCUUCGAUCCCUACCAUUCUACCAAUCCUCCUUCCGCCUGCCAGUCUGAGACCUUUGGCCUUCCGCACAUUCACCAAGAAGCACAAUCUCACGCUCAGCUCUCCGGCUUUACAAUCAUUAGCAACCUUCAUCGGCAAACAUUGUGGCUCUGGAUGGCGUGAACGAGGAACAGCAGAGGGUGUCCUCGAAGAAGUCGCAAAAGCAUGGAAGAAGAGUGGUGGCAGCUUGAUUGUCAAUGAUGGCUCCUUGCUCAAAAACAUCCUGAAGACUAUCGAGAGCUUGAUGACGGGCGGCAAGGUCGCUCAAUCAAAAUCAAAUUUAAGCAGACAAAGUAGUUUCGCUUUCGCCGGAGAAAGUCAAGACCUUUCGAGACGAUCCAGUCUUGUCGAAACUUCUUUUCAAUCACAAGACGUUGGAGAGGACGAUGAUGCAGACAUCCAAGAUCCUCGAGCAUGGAUCAAGGUCGUCAGUGCCAACGAACAGCCCAGGUUGAGCUACAAUGUCCACAAGAAGCACUUCGAGAAGAUCACAACAAAAUCUUCUCUCCUUCCUUCACCAGCUCACCGAACACAACUCUUCCGCGAUCGUUUCAACCUCAUCCAUCAGCGUCUGAUGCGCAAUGAAGCCUUCCAAGCUCCUGCAAUAGCCAAUACCCGCUCUCUUAAACGUCAAGAUUCAACUUCUGUACAACAGUUCUACAAAAUUACCCCGAUUGCAAACCUCCUGGGUAGAACCGGCAGUAACCAUGUCUUGCUUGGCAUGCUGGUCAUUACCCCCACUGGCACUCUGGCAUUGAAUGAUCUAACUGGAAGCAUUACUCUGGACUUGCAGCAUGCAAAGCCUCUACAGGGCCUCGAUUCGUCAUGGUUCUGUCCUGGUAUGAUCGUCUUGAUCGAAGGUGUAUACGAAGAGGAGUACUCGGGAGCCGGUGCUAGUGGUCUAGGUGCUGCCACUGGUGUCGGUGGUACCAUUGGAGGAAAGUUCAUCGGCUUCAGCAUUGGCGGCCCUCCAUCUGAGAAACGCAGUGCAACACUAGGAAUCGCCGACUCAACCAAACAACCAGAUGUUGGCCUCGGAGGUGGUUUCGGCUGGACAGACUUCCUCGGUUUGGGCAGCGAAAAGGUCAUGGGAGCAAAGAUGCGCAAGCUAGAGAAACGACUUCUCGCUCCUACAGACGAGCAAGCCUCUCAACAACGCAAGAUGGUCAUACUAGGUGAGGUCAAUCUCGAUGAUCCAUCAUCCCUAGAGGCUCUGCGCGCUGUUCUGCGUGUUUACGCUGCAGAGGAUGAACUUGCACCUUUGUGUUUCAUGCUUCUAGGCAAUUUCGUCAGCCAUCCAGUCAUGGCUGGCGGUGGUAGUGGUGGCAGCAUCGAGUACAAAGAGUACUUCAAUGACCUCGCCACUGUACUCUCAGACUUCCCUGCACUCUUGCGAACCUCAACGUGGGUCUUCGUUCCUGGUGACAACGAUCCUUGGGCUUCUGCCUUCAGUGCUGGAGCCAGCAACCCCGUUCCACGCCCUCCCAUCCCUGGUCUUUUCACCAGCCGAGUAAAGCGUGCUUUCGCUGCUGCAAAAUCAGAAGCACCUCUCCCGAAAUCAGACGACAACAAUGUACCUGUCGAGCCAAUCUGGACAUCCAACCCGGCACGUGUAUCGAUUUUCGGCCCAGCCCACGAAAUCACGGUCUUCCGAGACGACAUUUCCAGUCGUCUGCGUCGCAACGCGAUAACCUUCGGCAAAGCUACCACCGCAGAGGAUGAAGAUGAUGAAAUGGCCGAUUCGAUGCCUGCGGAGAUCCCUACACCUACACAAAUCGCUCGUAAACUCGUUCUCUCCCUACUGCCACAAUCGAGUCUCUCACCCUUCCCAUUGUCUACGCGUCCGGUGCUUUGGGACCAAGGCAGUGCAAUGAGCUUGUACCCUCUUCCGCAUACUUUGGUAUUGGCUGAUUCUGAGGCACCAGCAUUUGCUGUCACGUUCGAGGGCUGUCAUGUGCUGAAUCCUGGACGACUCUGUAGAGACGAGGGAAGAGGUAGACGGGUCGCCUGGCUCGAGUAUGAUUGCUGGGCUAAGAGAGGUGAAGUCAAGGAUAUCUGGUCGUCGUGA